GCGAGUCCGCGAGCGUCGUUCCUGCGCCGAGCUCUGGGUUGGGUUCACGCGCUGCCAGCGCGCCGCCGCCGCCGAAGAUGGCCGUGUUGUGCGCUCAGGCCGCGUCCAUCGGCGAGAUGCCGAAGUGGCAUCGGUGGCUGGUAUUCCUGGUGGGGAUUUUCGAGACGAUGAUCUGGUCAGGCACGGUCUUCGGGUGGGCGUCCCUGGUCCACGUGCUGAAGACCAUGGGCGUGUACAGCCACUUGUGCAAGGAGUCUCUGCAACAAGUUUAUUCCCUGUCCAACAACGCCACGCAGAAGGUCGAUGGCGCUAUGCUGGUGCUUACUGACUCGACGCAACUGGCAUGCAGUAGCCAGGACCAGCAGUUCGCCCUCAUAUACACCGUCGCGUGUGUGUUGUAUUCCAUUCCGGGCAUCCUCCUGGGCUACUGCCUCCACCACUUCGGUCUCGCCGUCACCCGCGUCCUCGGGGGUCUGCUGAUCUCCUCGGGCUUCAUCCUCCUGUCGUUCACCACUGCGGAUUCUCCGUCGUACCUGUGGGGCGCCGCCAUUUUCCUUUCCAUUGGGGGGAACAUCAUCCGAAUGGCUGGACUCCAGCUUGGGAACCUAUUCCCCGAACGCCGCAACACCGCCAUAGCUAUCAUCAGCGGGAUGUUCACGCCAUCUGCCGGGAUGUUUAUCAUCUUACAGUAUGCUCGCGAGGCCGGAUUGCCUUGGGUGUACAUCUGUUCAGGCUUUGCUGCUGUUGCUUCCUUAAUCCUUCUUCUCACGCCCCUGAUGCCCCGACACCAUGUGCCUUACACUGACGAAGUGGAGACGCAAGAUGAAGUGAAGGACGAGAAAGUCAUCUUGAAGCCGGUGCGGGAGAGCAUUUUCUCGUGGUCAAACCUCUUCCACACUUACUGGGUCUUUUCCAACAUGUUCUGCGUCGUGUUGUUCAGCACUUAUUUCAACUCAUUGAUUGUGAAAUUUGGUGUCCAUAUCAAGGGUGAAACCUCCAAAAUAUUAAAAUGGAAAAAUACAAUGUUCACAGCACAAAAGGUGUAUUGGCGCUUUUGUAUUGUAUCAGAAUAUAAUGGGAUGCCUGUCACCAUGUUCCUAUCUCGACUGGUCACAGAAAUCUCUGAUGCGAGGGAGAAACUACAAUGUAUCUGCUUGACGUCGGCCGAAUAUCAGCUGGUCCGUUCAUAUCUUCACGGGUUAGGUAGAGAAAAGCAUAAUCCUGAUAUUGAUGAGUACUGCAAAUAUAGUACAUAUUUAACCUUUGCUUGGAUUGGAUUCCAGGGCAGACUGGAGAGUUAUCGAUCAUACCGUAAGCUAACAGUUGCUAGACUUUUGCUGUAG